ACGAGCUGCAACCACUAGGAAGGAUUCGCGGUUGCGCCAGGCAGUACGGCUCCCUGGAUUAGGCAGAUCGUUUUACACAUAUGGAUCCAGCCAAGGAUUCCAACUUUGUGCUGCUUUAAUUGGGUGCAUCUAAAAGGCCGCGUCUCUGGGCACUUGCCGGACUUCUUGCCAUCCGCCUCAGGAAAAGACUCCGUUUGCCGAAAAAUUAAGGAAGAUAGCGAGAAUGACGGACUGCGACUGGGAUAAGAAAAGUACUUCAGCUUCAAAGUCAGACACAGGAAUGAAACCUGAACAACUGCUUCCUUGUGUGAACCCUGGCAAUCCUGUGUUUUCCUGUAUGUUGGACCCAAAGACACUCCAUACAGCUACUUCACUAUCAAAACCUCAGAUGAUUAUGUACAAAACCAAUUCAAGUCAUUAUGGUGAAUUUUUACCUAUGCCACAGUUUCUCCCCUGCAAUUAUAUUCCAAGGGAGCAAGUAUUUUCAAACCAUAUUAGAGCAACUGGACUUUAUCAAAAUAACAGUCUAAAUACUGCACCUGAUAGAAGCAGAACCCUUGAUUUUCCUAAUUUUCAACAUACUCUAUGAAAAUAUAUUCCUUUGACAAUUUAAGGGAAAAUAUACCUAGGAAAGUGUAAGUUUUUAAAAUGAGGUUAGAACACCCAAUUUAGAACAUAGAUUUGAAUCAAUUUUCUUAAAAACUUUUAAGAAAUAAGGUAUUUCAAUUAAUAACUGAAUGACAGUGAAUUUUUCAACAAAAAUGUAUCCAAAAUAGUAAAAUAAAAGUGUUUUCA